AUGGAAGCGGAUCGUUGGUAUGAGGAAGACUCUGAAAUCCUCUCUGGGGGAAAAUUUAUUGCAUUAGAAGUGUCAGACCAUGAAGGAGAUUACAACUCGUCUGAAGACGACCAAAUUGGACAACAUGCCGCGAUUGUGAAAGUGAAAAGUACUACUGUCCCCUAUGUAGCCAAAACACCAGAAGCGGGAAAUGCUUCGGGUAAUGCAGCGAACAAGAGGUGGUCCGUACUGUCAAACGGUUCCAAGAAAAGAUGGUCCUCGCUAUCCUUCGCGAGCGAUGAGCGUCGCACGAGUCCCCCAAACACAACUUCCUCGAAGAAAAGAUGUUCUACGGCUAGUGACGAUAAAUCGAGACGCGCUGUGGGAAGCGAUACACACGAACAACAAACGACCAAGACCAGCGGCACCACCAAUAUUGGCACCACCAAUAUUGGCACCACCAAUAAUGGCACCACCAGCAGCUCAUCUUCGCGACGUUUAUCGGUUUCGUCUUCAAUGUCAACCCUCCACAGAAGUUCGACGAGCAAUUCGCUGCGCCAAAUGUUUGGCAAAAUCGUCCUGCAGGAUGAAGAAAAGGAGAACGUACCUGCCGUGAAGCGUUUUAUAAGCAAAAUGUCGCCUAUACGCGGCCAGCCCCGCGGCCAGCCUCGUUCUAAUUUAAGCCCUCUUGACAGUAACGUUUAUGCAUCCCUCAACAAUCGCAAGUCCUAUGCGGAUAAUGCAAGUAUAGCAUCAGGCAUGAGCAUGUCUUCGGCAGCUUCAAACAUGUCUUCCGCAUCAAGAUGGAAGUUCUGGAAGAAGAACUUGGACAACUCUGAUGCAAAUUCUACCUCCAACUCUUCAAUGCAGCAUCAGUCUUAUUCCAACGCAAGUCUGAAGUCUCGAAGAUCGCAGUCCUCUCUCAAACAAAAAUCAUCUCAUUCAUCUUUGACCAAGUUGGGUCAACAUCGCAAUUCUGUCACUAGUGAGUCGAUUUCGUUGCCAAUACCUAAUCAAGUGUCUAGGGACAAAUUGCGCACAAAACUCCGCAAUUCAACGUCUGUUAUGUCCAUGAAUUCAACGGUGAUCUCAGAGGAGGUUGAUGAGUUUGAAACGUCCCAAUUGCUCAAGCUGUGUGAACAGUCUCACCAAAUUCCUCUGCAAGAAUUAAUACCUGAUUGGCCUAACGUGAACAAACUUUCCAAAAAUGUUUUUUGCUCAGAGAACUCGGUGUUCAAGUUUCUUCCUUUGGGACAAGACGAAUUAACCCAUAGCAAACACAUUCGCAUCAAAGAGCUCCAACUCUUGAAACUUUUCACCAGUACUCCAGGUCUAACACAACUUGUUGGAUCCCACCUGAUUGUUAUAAAUGGGGAACCUUCAUUAGUGUGCGAAUUAAAGCACGCAGGUGUACCUUUAAGCAAAACUAAGAUUUCUAGUUGGGCUGCCACGCUCAAUAUAUGGUGGCAAUGUGCCUUUAUCAUCUAUGCUGCAGAGACAAAAUUUCAAUUUGAGCACCGAGAUUUGCAAUUGAAGCAUAUUUUAUUGGAUGCCAAGAACAAUGUAACCCUAUGUGAUUACAAGUUGGCGCGUGCUUCUCACGGUUCUGUUGUCCACUAUACAAGACUGGAUCAUCCACUUUUCUUUCAAGGUCGUGGCGACUACCGCUAUGAAGUUUACAACACCAUGCGCCAUUGGGGUGCUGACUCUUCGUCUCGUUUCGAUCCUCGAAACAAUCUAUUGUGGUUGCAUUAUCUAGGGGUCAAGUUAAUCGAGAAACAAGGAGACAUGCCGCAUGAUUCUCAUUAUUCCGAGUUGCUUAAAAUGAUAGCGCAAGUUAACCCCCAUCGUCGCAAAAAAGCCUUCUUUCGCCGAAGCGAUCAGAUACUCAACUGUGGAGACCUUCUGCGGCUUAGGAAAUAA